AGUCCAAGAGGGAGAUCCUUGGGGCUGCUCCUCACCACCUCCCCUUCCCCGGGCGGCCUCACGGUGGCCGCGUCCGGGAAAUCUCAGGUUGAGCAAGUGAAAUUCAAGAUAGAGUGUUUUGGAAAGCUGUUCCAGCACUCUGCCCGAGAGUGACGAGACCUGUCUCCCGGAAAGGAGACAAUGCUUUGUUGAAACAAGUUUUAACCUUGAACUUUCUUCUGUAUCAUCAGUUUUAUGGAAGACACUUAAGCUUAUAAGGGUGGUUUCUGGAUCAGAACUGCUGGGCAAUGGCAAUCAUCGUUCCUAAGUUACCUUCUUUGAUUGGAAAAGUCUGAUUGGAAACUUCUCCACUCCAGCUGAAGCGGAGAUACACGCUGCUCACAAAAUAAGAGACAUGGGUUGUAAACCACCGUAUCACCUCUCCUAUAGAUUACGAUUAUUGUUGCUCUUUACCCUGUGCCUGACUGUGGUUGGAUGGGCCACCAGCAACUACUUUGUGGGUCCUAUUCAAGUGAUCCCCAAGGCAAAGAUCUUCAUGGCUAAUUUCCACAAGAUGCUACCUCUGGGGAAGGAAGACACUCUGGCCCAUGAUGUAACCAUGAAAAAAGCAGAACUUGAUGACUGCCCUUUUGUGUCUCCAAACCUCAGAGGCCAGAGCAAGCUCAUUUUUAAGCCAGACCUCACUUUGGAGGAAGUCCAGGCAAAAAACCCCGAAGUGUCCGGAGGCCGCUAUCGCCCCGAGGAAUGCAAGGCUCUGCAGCGGGUUGCCAUCCUCAUCCCCCAUAGGAACAGAGAGAAGCACCUGAUAUACCUGCUGGAACACCUGCACCCCUUCCUGCAGAGGCAGCAGCUGGACUACGGCAUCUAUAUCAUCCACCAGACUGGAAGUAAAAAGUUUAAUCGAGCCAAGCUCCUGAAUGUGGGCUAUCUGGAAGCUCUCAAAGAGGAAAAAUGGGACUGCUUCGUAUUCCACGAUGUGGACCUGGUGCCCGAGAACGACUUCAACCUUUACACAUGCGGUGAUCAGCCCAAGCACCUGGUGGUCGGCAGGAACAGCACUGGCUACAGGUUACGCUACAGUAAAUAUUUUGGGGGUGUUACUGCCCUCAGCAGAGAACAGUUUUUCAAGGUGAAUGGAUUCUCUAACAACUACUGGGGAUGGGGAGGCGAAGACGAUGACCUCAGACUCAGGGUUGAGCUCCAUAAAAUGAAAAUCUCCCGGCCCAGCCCUGAAGUGGGUAAAUACACUAUGAUCUUCCACACCAGAGACAAAGGGAACGAGGUGAACGUGGACCGGAUGAAGCUGUUAUACCAGAUGUCACGAGUCUGGAAAACAGAUGGUUUAUCGAGUUGUUCUUACAGAUUACUCUCUCUGGAGCACAAUCCUUUAUAUAUCAACAUCACAGUGGAUUUCUGGACUGGGGCAUGACCUAGAUCUUUGGAUGGUGUUCAAGAGAACUGAUGAUUUGAUUGUAAUCAUUUUGGCCUAGAGACUUCCACAGUAAUACAUGUUAAGAACUUGUUCCAGCUGAUUAUUGGGCCAAAUUUUUCCGUUUCAUGUUUUUUUCAGCAAGAGCUCUUGGUUAUGUGGAAUGUAGAACCAUCAUAACAGGACAGCUUUCUUAGCUGUUUUGAUCAUGGUAGUGAAAUGGCGUAACGAACAUACUUGAAGGACUAAAGAUAAAAGGUUGCAGUGAAGGCAACUUGAGAACUGUGUCUUCAAAAGAUUGACUUCAGCAAUGCAUUAUGAGAUUAAGGAGUGGGGGAAUCAAAUUCCCACGUGUCUUAGAGAACCAGCAUUGACAGGUCUAAGAUAGGAAGGUACUAAGAUGUGUCUCUGUUACUCAUCUCUCCUGCAUGGCCUCCUGUGAAGUGAUGGAUUCUGGAUGAGAAGAAAUCCACGGAAGACAGGAGCAAAGUCAAGAAUCAGAUGUCGCAAACUUGACCAUGAAGAGGUGGCGGCGGCGGGCAGAGGGUGGGGUGAACUGGCAGCAGUGGCUGUGCUGGCUGCCGCCCCAAAUCCUCCGUGGUGGAUGCUUCCUCACCAGACACACCUUCCAGUCUGCGGCCACCCGACCUUGAAUGUACCCAGUCUCUUCAGAGGCACUCACUAGUAAUAGCCUAUCAGAGAACACACUCUCUCCUAGUUUUUAAAGCAUUUUUAUAAAAUGAUUUUGUACGUGUAGGAUAUGAAUGAGCAGAUUAUAAGCUACAUAAUGAUCAAUAAUACAUCUAUAGAGUACCUCUGUAGUAAAAUAUGAAAAAGC